AUGUCUUACAAUCCAUCUUACCACGGGCAACCACCAAACGACGGCAUCCAGCAAAACAACCCCAAUCGCAGUCACGGGAGUCCUCAAUUCACAGUCACCCGUGACGAGCUUCAGCAAAUCUUCUACGAUAUCGGUUUUCCCCCUGCCAGUAUCUCCAACCGUCUGCUUCAGCAAGUCAAUCCCACUUACACCAGCAAUUCCUAUGGAAACCCCCAGAGCAAUACUCCGCGUAGUGUUCCCAACGAGGACACCUGGCUUCAGCAAGUCGCCCCCAGUGACAGCAAUUAUUAUUACGGCAACCCCCAGAGCACUCCUGAGGGCAGUGUUCCCAACGCCUGGCAUCCGCAAGUCAACCCCAAUGUCGACACUUGUCUUGGAGUUGUGCCUAACAGCCAACCUCGUCCCAGUGUCACAGCCAUUGCUCCCUCGAAUAGAAGUACCAACCAAGUGCAACGGCAACAGCAACCCCCAACCCCAACCGCAGCCGCAGCCGCGACCCCGCCACCACCAUCACCGAGACCGCCAGCACAACCGUCAGCGCAACCAGCGAGGAGCGUCGCCAAGAGCCUCACAGGAAUAGAACACACUCCACCAUAUGGCAAUCUGAUCUGUCUAUGCCACAUACAUCAGGACACUUGGAAGAAUCGCCGCCAAAACUUUGCGAAGCGUGUCGGGAGGCGGGAUGUUUGA